CGAGAUGCUGAGCUUGCUUUUCAAGUCUAGUUAUCAUAUCAAUCUAGAAGCCAUGCUGUACAGCAUAAAACUUUGCUUAAAGACAGCAAAGAGGUUGGUUACUCCUGCAGAAGACGUCCGUUUCCAUUGCAACAGACCUGGAAGCCAAACGCUUAAUUAUAGCAACCACCAUUGUUCUACAUGUCUGAUGAUUUGGAAAGAGUGUGCUACAUGAUCUCUAGUACUCUAGCUCUACAGCAGUGACGUUAACUACACAAUGUAGCUAACCACGCAACGUUCGGCAACAAAAUUGCAAACAACAAUUCAGGCAUGGUUAUCCUACAUACAAGCCAAACUCAGUGUCUUGUCGUCUGUGGCGAAUGAGUAGAGUGAGUACAAGAGUGUGUAGGAAGGGGUGAGCCCGUGCUAACACAGCAAUAACGGUCCUAUCAUGUUCAUGUCUUUAAGGCUCAUUUAACACAGUAACUGACAGUAAAUGCUCGUACUAUUCGUUUUACAGGUCGUACAAGCCACACUUUAGACGGCAAUUACCAUGCAAAGGACGUCUUCGGUCAGUUUGUUUGAACUAUCUAUUGCGGCACUUCUACAGCACAUAACCAACAAUCUUGUUCUCAGUGUGAUCUACAGGUAAUCGGCAUCAUUUCACUUCAACACGAAAGUCAAAUUUGGGUGUCUAAGUUCAAAAGGCUCUGCCAACGGCUGAGCGCACCUUCCCAAAUCUUACAUUACUGCAUACCCCCUCCAGGCACAAUUGCUCAAUCAUACAACAUAGAGGAUGCAUACGGGAUGUUGCCAAAUAGCGAUAGAUUUUGAUGGAAGCCAAUAAAAUAAUGUAUGCUGCUUGUUUAAGCCUCGUUCUGCUAGUAAAAGUUAACGCUGAUUUCACUGCUUCAAAUACCAACAAAAAUGGUACGUUGACAAGAAAUAUUGGCUGCCUUGAAGUGCAUAAUGACACUUCGCUCUUUCCAGAGAGAAACGACACAUGGUACAAUGUCUAUGAACCUCAUCUAACCUACACACCUCAGCUAAUGUAUCAAGUUCAGCUAACCAAUGAAGUUCAGGGGAAAGAUAACAUGAACCCAGACGAUGUGUCUGAUGUUGUCAAGAACUUAUUGACAGAAAAUGAUGUUGGAUACCGAAUGACAAAGGUUGAGGAAGUGUGCACAGUGAUCGCCAUGAUACUCAAUGAUUUCCCCAUCGCUCAACUCUUCGAUCAUAACGCUGCUCCGGUUUUCGACAACCAAAAUCGAGCUAAUGUGAUUUGAGUCUUGCUGAUGUGGGGUAUCGGUUACAUCUACGAUUAGUUCCAGCCUCGUGAUAACUGACAUAAUAUCAUGACUAGUAGUGAAUGAUAUAGACUUAUAUCUAUACAGCAAUCAAGAUCAGUUAUACGUGGACAAA